AGAAGGGAAAAUUCUGGAAUUUUGAAGAUGUCUCAGCACAAUAUUCUAUUUUUCUGCAUAAAUUAUAAGUAACUUCAAGAAUUUGCUGAAUAGAGGACACCAGGAUCAGUUUUUCAAAUCAUGCCAUCUGAACAGAAGCAAUUUUUUUGUGAUGAAAAACCAACUACUUUAGAAAAAGAUUAUGAUGUGGAAGAUAUAAUAGUUAUUGAUGCUGUAGAGUCAGAAGAACCAAGAAUUUUAGAAGAUAAUUUUCCUUAUGAACUGAAAAAUGUGAAAGUUAAUUUACCCAAGAUAAGUAUUCCAGAUGAAGCCCUAUUAACGCAUGAAGUUGACAUAUAUAGACAAUUAUUUGAGAGUAAACCACAAACUGCCAGAAAAUCUGUUGGCAAAGAGAAAGUAGAUGAAAGUCCUUUAAACUCUUUAGAGGAGUGUAAUUUGUGGCAUAGACCCAAUAUAGGAUAUGAAGAAGAAGGAAUGAAAAUGGCUGCAAAAAUACUUAAUUUCAGUUGUACAAAAUGUAGAGACAAUGUUCGAUAUAGCCCGAAUGAUUUGCAGAAACAUUUUCAGCUUUUGCACUGUGGAGAGCUACCUUUAUAUCCUUGUGAGAUGUGCAGUUUUUCUGCAAAUGACUUUCAGUCAUUUAAACAACACAGACUUAUUCAUCGAAGCACUUUAGUAAAAUGUGACAUUUGUAAUGAUGAGAAUGUGUAUACUUUAUUAGACUUAACAAAGCAUUUUACAGUUAACCAUUGUGUUAAUGGUAAUUUUCAAUGUGAAAAGUGCAAGUUCUCUACCAAGGAUGUUGGCACAUUUGUUCAGCAUAUUCAUAGACAUAAUGAGAUUCACUAUAAAUGUAGUAAAUGUCAUCAUAUAAGUUUCACCAAAGGAGAGUUUCAGCAGCAUCUCUUUGUUCACUCCACUCCUUUUCCCUUCAGUUGUCAAUAUUGUAACUUUAGUGCUGCCGGGAAGGACCAACUUCUAAAACAUGUUAUAGCUUUGCACAAAGAUCAUUUAUAUGCAAAAGAUAAACUGGAAAAGGAAAAAUGUGAAAAAAGGAUAGUAAAGACUACAUCCGGACUUAAGCUAAUAUUAAGACGAUACAAAAUAGGAACGUCAAGAAAAACACUUUGGAGACAGAAGAAAGAGAACAAUGGAAAUGACAGCUAUGUAGAAAAAAAUACACAGGUGCUUAAAAAUAUUAAUAAAAUUCAGGUUAAAUCUGAAGAACAGAGUAAUAUAUGGGAGCAUUUGAAUGAAGAAAAGGAUGAAAUCAUACCUAUUGAAAAGCAAAGUCAGAAGCAAGAUGAGUCAGAAUCAGAAACAAGAAACCUCUUACCUACCAGUCAGUGUAGUAGACCUGAAGAGGGAUCAAGUUCUGGUUUUGGAUUAUUAAAGAAUGUUAUACAUGGACCCACAGUGCUGAUGAUGAAAAAUAAUAAAAUAUCAGUUCCUGCCAACUACAGUGCUAAGUUUAUGGGGUUCAAGAUGGUAGAUGGAAAACAACACAUAGUUAUAAAAUUGUUGCCUACCAAUAAACCGAAUCCAUCUUCUCCAGUUCUACCGCCAGAUAUAACAAAGGACAACACUACUGAUUUGCAGCAUCAUACAGCUGAAACCACUGGAUUAUCUAAAGGUGCUACACUGCAUACGUCUGAUUUAAAUAAUACAAUUUGCACUAACACAUCUAAUCCAUUAUCAUUUUCUACUCCUCUGUUUUCAGGGAAUGCAACAUCAGAAAAAGAAAAAGCUGUCUUGGCUCAAGCUAGGAGUAAAUCUCAGACAGUGGGUACUGAGAAAAGUACACCUCACUUAUCAACAAAUUCAGAAUUGACUGCAGCUCCUUUGAAUUUGACCACUAAAGUUAGAAUAAGUAAUAAUGUUGGAGCGUGGGGAAGUUGUGUUACUCAAAGUCAUCCUCAGGUAUUGUGUGCCACAGUUAAAAACCCAGUUAACUUGGAAUCUGUUGAACCAAAAGCACAACAUAGUGGGAUGUUGAACAACUCCAGUAUUAAUGAUCUCAGCUAUAUUCCAUCCUCUAAUCAAGGAUCGUUACCUUUUCAUAAUUACUCAAAAAUGGACAUUUUGGAUAACUCAUACAGUAUUUCAGUGACAGCACAUGAAAACUCUGAAAACUCUUCAUCAAGCAAAACAGCUAUACACCAGUAUAAUUUGAGAAAUGAUUCAGUCUUGUCAUCAGUGGGGAGAAACACAAAUCCAGAUUUCCAUCAGACAUCUCCAUCAAAGAUUUGUCAAACUUAUUUCCCAUUAAACACUAAAGAUACUUUUGAAUCUUUAAAAAACCAAUGUGAAGUUGACACAGAAAUUUUAAAAACAGUACAAAAUAUUGACACACAGAAUCCUCAUGCUAAUAUAAAUCAAGACUUAGAGAAUGUAGCUGAGAAAUCAGAUUGGGAGGAUGUCUCAUCUGCUGAUUCGUUUGCAAUGCCUAAAAUCACAUCUGUGUUCUCACUACAGAGUGAACAGGCAUCUGAUUUUUUGUCACCUGAAGAAAACCAGUUAUUACAGGAUGUAUUGAAUGAAAAAUCAAGUGUGAAAAAAGACUCUGAUAUGACCCCAAAUAAAGGAAUACAAUUUCACGAUGAGCCACUUUUGAAAAAUGAGGGAAAGAACAACAUAACUGAAUAUUUUAAAGGUUCAGAAGGUCCAUGCACUUUACCCAUUUCAUCUAAUAAUGUGGGUAUUGGUGUACAUACAAAAGAUCUCAGUGCCAGCAACUGUACAACAUAUACAGAAUUAGAUUGUGGGAAAGAAAAACAAGUACUGUCAACACCAAAUGAUUUGGGAGACUUUGAGAAAAUACCCAGAAUUGCUGGUGUUGGCACGUUAGUUAAAACCCACUUUGAUACAAUAACAACUCAGCAGCUUGUGAAAGACAAAAUGCAAGCUACUCCAGAAAAUUCUAACGGCCUAGGUUCUUUUCAUGUUCUGAGCCCGCCAAUAAAUUCUGAACCGAAAAAAACAAUUUUAGUUCAGUCAUCUCCUAAAGGGUUUAUUUUACCUUUGCAUCUUGCUAGCAAAUCUGGAUUGCAACUUGUUUCAGGAAGAAGUCUUUCAUCAACUAAUCCACCAGGUAUUUAUAUGACUCAAGGUGUACCAUCAUCUCUCAUUUUAAACAAGAAACCUGGAAUGAUUUUAAGGUUAAGUAAUGGAGUGCUUGGAAGUGUUGCCAACAUCACAGGUGAGAGUUCUCAAGUUUUUGGUGGAGCUGCAGCUAAGGAGCAUGACAAACCACCUUCUGUAAGGGCAGAAUUGAAAAAGGCUAGUCCAACAAGCAUAAUUUGCCCCUCUACAUUUGAUAGUAGGCCUGAAAUGACAGUUAAUUCAGAAAAUAAUGUGCCAUUUAAAGGAUCAUAUAUUAUUAGAAACCCAGCAGAGUCUUCAGUGAAUAGAAUUUCUUCUCAAAAUAUACUGUCUGGAUGUCAAGGCACUAAAUCACAUACUUUGGGUUCAGUAAAACAACCAAAUGAAGCUCAACAGAAACAAUCUCUUUAUGCAUUGUUGCCUGAUGGCCGACAGGCAGUUCUCUUAAGAUGUGUUACUCCCAAUAAGUCGCAAAUAGGGCCAUCUGAUUUAUUACAGAGUAGCGUUUAUGAUCAUCAAAAUCAUCAACCAAAGAAAACUGGAGCAACACAGCAAAAAAUACUGCUGAAAAUUAUUAAGAACCCUGCUUUUGAUAACAGUCAGUCAGCAAACAGUCCUAAGUCCUCAUUACAGUUAGAUACCAUACAGUCUCAUCAAACUUCCAUAGCAAAGGAGAAACAACCAGUCUCUUCUAGUGAUGCCUUACUCUUAACAGAUAGAUUGAUGCCAGCAAAUGCAACUAUUGCAACCUCUACAGCAAUACACCCCGUACCUCCUCAAGGGACAGUAUGUACCACCAACCAUCCAGAGACACAGCUAUUAAGGUGUCAAACAGAUUGUUCAUUCGGGAGUGGCCUCAGUAAUAGAAAGUCUACCAGAAGACAGAUUUCAAAAAUAAAAACUCAUGCAAGACAUAAAGUUUCUGAACCUAUGGUUACAUAUAAAAACAGGAACUUUGGACCAAAAUGGAGAGGGAAUUUCCAGGAAUGGCCUAGAAAAAAAGUAAUGUUGCAUAGGAAGAGUAAAAGAAAAACUAAACCUGAAGGUUUUCGUGACACAUUUGACCUUUACAGACCAAGGUUUCCUAAAUAUAGAGUUAGGACUUUGAGACUUUUCCCUUUCAGUUCUACACAGCUUGUAAAAUGCCCUAGAAGAAAUCAGCCUGUUGUGGUUUUAAACCAUCCUGAUGCAGAUGCUCCAGAAGUGGUAAAUGUAAUGAAAACUAUUGCUAAGUUUAAAGGGCAUGUACUCAAGGUUUCGUUGUCAAAAAGAACAAUUCAGGCACUUCUGGAACCAGCAUAUUGUAACAUUUCUAAAGCAAUUACUGACAACUUUUCUGCCAAGAGGCAUAAAGUACUUAAACCUGUGAAAGAAAGAUUUGUAUUAAAAUUAACGCUUAAAAAGACAAGCAAAAAUAAUUAUCAGAUUGUGAAAACUACCUCUGAUAAUACUCUGAAGGCAAAGUUUAACUGCUGGUAUUGUGGUAGAGUUUUUGACAAUCAGGAUGCUUGGGUGGGUCAUGGACAGCGACAUUUAAUGGAAGCUACUCGGGAUUGGCAUAUGUUAGAAUAAUUUACCUUGAUUAUUAAAAAAUAAAAUUAUUUUAAAAGAAUGAAUCAAAUUAUGAUAUGCAGAUGUUUUCUAUUUCAGUGUAGUACCAGAAGUUAAGCUUUUAAAUAUUGUUUUUCAAGCUGGUUAUAUUUUGAUGGAAAAACAGAAUUGCAGCAUUUGAAAAUACAACCACAGCACGCAUGCAUUUUGAAAUUAUAGCACAGAUGUACCUUGGGUUUUUUUUUUUUUUUGCAAGAAUAUGUUCUGGAAAGUUAGAUUAAAAGGAAGAAGUUUGGAAAGGAAAUCUUUUUCCCCAGUAAGUUAUGUUGAGAAAUUAUUUGUGAAUGUGUAUUACAGUGGAGGUUGGCAUCUCCAUCAACACUGCUUUGGCUGUUAUCAGUCUUGUAAAAUCUGGUAAGUUUUUCCCCUCUAAAUAUGGCACCAGCCUCCCACCAAGAAUCUGAAGUUUCUCUUCUUGGUUUCCUUUCAAGGCUGCUUAUCCUCAGUCCAGCUUGCUCAGAGACCUCUGGCAAAGAGGAGUAUAAUUCUCGAGGCAGUGUAGUCCAGUGGAAAUAGCACUGGAUUUGGAGUCAGAGAUCCUAUUCUCCAAUGUCAGCUCUGCUGCCAUUUAAUGCCUGUGAGACUUUGGGCAAGUCACUGUGGACUUCAGGUUGCUCAUUUGUAUAAUGAGGAGGGUAGAACUGAUCAAGACCCCUAGGGUCCUUUUCAGCUCUAAUCUAUGAUCCCUCUGAAGGAAGUAGAUUGGGUAGUAUAUUCGAUUUACUGUUAACUCAUUGCAAUUAGCAUACCACUGGGUACCUCACUUUUGUACAAGAGAUGUCUCUGAAUAGAUAGGUAAAGCAAAUCACUUCUUUUCCUGUUAAGGUUUACAUUACUGAGAUAUGCCUUGUAAUGGGUGAAGGUUGAUAACUGUCUAAAUUUAGAGGUUGAUGAUUUAAAGGCCAGUAUUGGGCUGUUUAGGAAGGCUGGAACAGAAACAAGGAAAUGUGUUUUUUAGUCUAACUUUAGAGAAUCUUGUUGCAGAGCUGGUGGCAGAUUUCUUUAGAUAAAUGCAUUUUUCAGAGUUUUCAGGGAGUUCUUACACUUACCUGAUUUAGAUGCCCUCUGCCAUUCUAACUGUAUUUCUUCUGGAUGUAAGAUCUAUAAGUAGGCACUUCUCAGGGAAAAUUUGUUUUUCUAGAUUUUUUUUUUUAAAUUAUACAGUAACAAUCUGGUCAUCUCAGAGCUCUGGAAAAAAAAAAAGCUCCAUUUCCAUGACUAACAAAACAUCAUCCCACAUCUUUCACACAUGCCUCCAGUGGAAGUGGCUUUCAUAGUAUUUAGAGGACUGGAAAUCCAAAGCAAAACAGCUGAUUGGUGUCAGGGAGGUAGAGGGAAACCGCAGUAAUAGAACUUUAAUCAGUGGCAGAACUCAGGACAGCUUUCUAGUGAAUGCCUCGAUAAGAACGGACUUAAAAUGAAGUUGCUGCACAGAAGAAUCAAAGACAUAAAAUUUCUGCUUUAUAAAUGUGGUUCAACUUUUAUUGGGUCUUUGUAUAAUGGAGCUCAUCUGUACUAUAAAAUUACAUGAUCUAAGAUUUUUUUGUUACGUGGUUACUAUAAGUGUUAUAUAUUUUUAUUAUUGAUUGGAAUAAAUCUUCAGGGCUUCUCUUCUGUACAUAACUGAGAUUUUAGACGUGUACAUAUUUUUGUAUAUGGCUUAUUUGCUAUAAACCUUGCACAGAAAUUUUUUUGGCCUAAAAAGUUUGUUUUUAGUUCUGAGCAUGCACUAAUAAAACUGGUUGUAAACUUUUAAAAAAUAUAUAUACAGAGCUUUUACCAGCAUUAUUUUUUUGGUUUUAAUUUUUGUUUUAUUAAUUUUUUUUGUAAAUUUGUUUUUCAGGGAUAUGAACACUAUUGUUAGUAAGUGCCUAAAAGAUGUGAAACAGUUUACAUAUAUCAACUGUAACAAAAGGUCCAAAAUGGACCAUUUCCCCAAGAGGUUUAUUUUAAAGAAAGCCAUAUGUAGAUGCUUUAAGCUAUCUUGCUAUGCACAUGACACUUGUACUAUUUCUGUGCAGUUUGUCUACUUUCUUAGUGAAGUAUUUUUCAUAUAAAUAAAACAUGUUACAAUUGUGUUUAUUAAAUUGAGCCUAAGAAUGGAAUUGGUUGGAAACAUAACAGUAUAUAUUCAUGAUGCGUAAUGGUGUUAAUUCAAGAAUGGUAAGCAUUGCUAAUUUCUGUAAUGACUUUCUCUUUAAUAUUAAAUUUAUCUUAAAUUGUGUUUACACAACAGUUUUAGUCUACUGUAUUAAUAUCUAAUGACAACUUAAUGUUGUGCAUUUUCAGAGACUUAGUUUUUAAAAGCUUUUAUGCCAGUACCCUAUACAUAAUAAAGUAUGAUUCUGUUCUAAAGAUUAGAAAUUUAUUUCAGAGUGGUAUGUGACUUUACCUCCAUUUGCUAGGGUUAUUUUGCUAGGGCAAACUUUGUAAGGCUUCUGUUUCCGAAUAGGCUAGGUAAUAUGCUUACCAUUCCAGUAGCUGCCACCAAAGUGAUUAGUCUUAGGAUUUUUCCAAUGACAGAUAAUUGGAGAGGUAAAAGCACAGUCCAGUUAACAUUCCUUUUCUUCAGUUGGUCACUGUUAAAAUAACAGUAUUAAAUUUCUUAAAUGGUUAAGAAAGUGAUAAUAAAUGCAAAAAGUUGUGAGGUUUAAGAAAUCUGUCACUUCGGUGCUCUUCUGCUCCAAGUUUAUUGUCUCUCUUGGCCUCACUUGGAAACUACCUUGACUCCCUCCAAUAUCAGAAGUGUCUUUGUUCAGGCACAUGUAGGUUUUUUGGCGACAGAGUAGCUGUGUCAGGAAAAUUUGUCCUUAAGGGAAACAUCUUUAGCCUAAUUGGGCCAAUUUUUGUGGUUAAAACUAUUCCUCUGUCCUGGAUUAUUCCUCUCACUAGCAAAUCUUUUUGGAACUUUCCUUCACAAUUAGAACAGAAGGACCCCCCUUUGUCCUUUUUGAUCUACUCUCUCCUUAUGGCUCAAACUGAAGCAAGUACAAUCAGACUUUCACGACAGCCUUCGGGUUAAAAGGAUUUUUAUUUUUGCCAACAUAUAUUUAGGUGUUAACUUCUUUAUUACAUAGUUCUUGAUGUUCAAUGAAUGGGGCUCAGAUGCAUUUUUGCUUCUUUUCAUUCCCAUUUUUAAGGAAAAAAAAACCUCUCCUUUGUAACAAUUUAAACGUAGAACAAUUAAAAAAAAGUCUGAUGGUUUUGUUACAACAGUUAUAAUACAUUCUAGUGAUUCAUGUUCAUCAAUUCUCAAGCCAUCAAAACAUUUUUAAGCCCCAAACUGUGUGUAGUGCUGUGAUAUGCUAAGGUUGCAAAGUAAAACUUAUAUUCAUAAACAGGUACAAGAUAUAUAGAGAAAACAAAAAAAUAAGUGAAUGAAGAGUAUAUACCAUUCACACCAGCAUAGGGAGGAAUUUCCAUGUUGUAGUACAAUUAGACUGAACUAAGUGUAGGAGUCAGCAGUCCUAGAAUUUUGUCACAACUCUGCCACUAGCUGUGGGUCUCAGAUUUAUGUCAAAGGAGGAGGUUGAAGUUAAUUGUCUUUAAGGUGCCUUCCAAAAGCUCUUAAAAUUAUAUAAUUUUCCAGUAAAUGUCUCCUGUUUUCACUCCCACUAAGAUGUAAUUAAGGAAGAGAGUACAAUUGGGACAGAUGGAGAAUAACUGGGAUGGAACUCAGGAACAUAGGGAUCUAUAAUUUGACAAGACUUAUUAAAUGAGAACUGGAAUUCUUAGGUUUUUGGAAUGAAGAGGAGAAAGUUUAAAAAGGGAGGUAAACUUUUUCAGAUAUAGAGCUACACGUAUGUAUGUAUGCAUAGUUUUCUCAAUAUACACACACAUUUACUCUGCAAAACAGCUUUCCUGCAUAUGGAUUAUUUUAAUUGAGAGCUUACCUGCAGGAAAUCUUCCUUUCUAGACUUGAUUUACAUUGGGAUAAUGAUCCUCUCUCCUGUAUCCCUAAAGAAUUUGCUACUGUUAAGCAGCAACCCUUGGCAUCCACUUGGGCUUAUGGUGUUUUUAAACAUUUCUGCAUCAGAACCUAUUCUCAGCUAGGUGGUCAGGCUUCUGGAAGAUACCUAGAUGGUCUUAACUCCAAUUCAACAUACAUGUGCUCAUGUUACGGUACUAAACACUGGAAAUAUGGAAGUGAAGCAGUUCUUGACUUGGAAGAACUUACAUUCUACUAGUUUCUUAACAAUGGAGAACGGGACUACAUGCCCAUGGCAGCUAAGUAGAUUGAUUGCUUUUGUUUAAUUGUUGAUGUCAAUAUUUCCUUGCACUAAAACUGGUAUUUGAGAACUGAUGAAUCACUCCAGUAAAACUUGGUGAAAUGGACUUUUUC